AUGCAGGGAAAUGACGUCAUCCAUCAAUUAACUAAAAACAAAUCUUCUCUGUACGUGUCCAUUACUUUGACCAAUGGAACCACUCUAUACCAACAGUACGGGACGUUCUCUGUAAACAACGAAACAGACAACUACAGACUUUACCUGGAUGGACCUACGGAAGGGACCUUAGGAGACAGUAUGUUAGACUCAGGGAGUACUGGUGGAGAUCUGUCUGGGAUGUACUUCUCUACCCCAGACAGGGAAAAUGACAAAGCUCCUCUGUAUCACUGCGCCAUUGAUUUUGGAGGAGGAGGCUGGUGGUUCCACGCCUGUUGUCACGCCUUCCUGAACGGCGCCUGGUCGUCUGAUUCCUGGCACAAUCCUUGGUACCCGCUUGUUAGUUUAG